GAAAAUUUUUACACGGGUAGUCAUUCGUAGAUAGAGAGAAAAAAUGGCCAUCGACAAAUCAAAAAGAUUCUUAAGAAAAACCGGUAGAAAGACUUUAGUUAGUCAAAACCCAUACUUAGCUUUACUCGUUAAGUUAUACCGUUUCUUAGCUCGUAGAACCAACUCUAAAUUCAACAAAGUUGUUUUAAAGAGAUUAUUACAAACCAAAACCAACAGACCACCAGUCUCAAUCUCAAGAAUUGCCAAUUUAAUGAAAGACAGAAAGCAAGGUAAAAUCGCUGUUGUCGUUGGUACCGUCGUUGAUGAUGAAAGAUUAUUAGAUGUCCCAAAACUCACCGUCUGUGCUCUUAGAUUCACUGAAUCAGCUCGUUCAAGAAUUGUUAAAGCUGGUGGUAAAGCCCUCUCAUUCGAUCAAUUCGCCCUCACCAGACCAAGAGGUAACAACACUUUCUUAAUCAAAGGUGUUACUAAAGCUAGAGAAGUUUACAAACAUUUCGGUCGUGCCCCAGGUCUCCCAGGCAGUCACGCUAAACCAUACGUCAGAGCCUCAGGUCGUAAAUUCGAAAGAACCAAGACUCACCAAAGAAAAUAAAAACCUAAUAAAGCACUCAUCUAACUUUGUUUUAACCCUUAAGAAAUUAAAUACCUUUUUUUAUUUCUUUUUUUUUUUUUUUUUUUUUUUUUUUUUUUAAAAUUUUU